UUUAGAAAAUUCGUUUAUGUUAUGUUACUCUAUAUUAAAAAACCUUAGGCAGUUGCAUGCAAGACUUCCCGAGAAUUCACAUUAGGUUUUUAAAAGUCACGUUACAGUCUGAGAAUUUAAAAUUCUCCCUGAUAAAUUACUUCCUGAAAAGUCAAAUUACAUUCUCAGAAAUUCCGUAACAAUUCGAAACGUUUCAGUACAUUCUAAGAAGUCCAUCGAAUGUUUCUAAAUUCUAAUUAUUUGGACAAAAAAAUAUCCGAUUAUGCUUCUGAAAUAUGAAACUAAGCGAGCCUGUUUUACUAGUUGUUUUGAUAUAGACACCACAAAUCCUUAACGCUAUAGCAAAUCUAUAUUUAAUAUGUAUCAUUUGACAGAGGCAAUUACCGUCAUACCAAAAUAUUCCGAAUAUGGUAUUACAUCUGUACUUAUAAGGGACUGAUUGUUCUCUGAAGUACCUCACCUCUGCGUUUUCAACGAGAUUUGGUUAACCGAAAACAUGGCAACUGACAGCGUAUUAACAAAGCCAAAACCCCGAGAUAACGGUUUUCUUGAAAUUAAUGCAAAUUUUUUUUCUAACGUUGUUUCGGUAAACAGACCUAGUACGUCAAAUAUACGUCUUAACUAGGUUAGAAGGUCAAAGAGGACAAUUCCUUAAACCGACUCGUCUGUCGUCGCGCUAAAUUUAGCUAGCAUGACUCUAAAGAACAACGCAUUUGCGUCGUUCGGCUGCGUUUUCCUGGCAUGUUUAACGAGAGCUUGUCAAGUUGUGCACGAAUGUUUUACGACCUAAAUGUAUUCGUUGAAAAAAGAAUCGAAUCCUAUCCCCAAUCCUCUCCACGACACUCCUCCGUCAAGGGUUAUUCACUGCCGCGCGGUGGCUGACGGUACGAAAGAAACGGAUCUCAUCGGUGUUUUACAACCGUUUGGCAAAAUAACAUACGUAGCUCUUCUUCCGAAAAUACGCCAAGCUUUGGUGGAAUUCGAGGAUAUUGACUCUGCUGUUGCGCUUGUCCGCUUCGCCCAGGGAAAUCCUAUUGUAUUAUUGGGAAGACAGAUGUACGUGAAUUUCUCAAAAAGUCAAGAAAUAAAAAGAUUUACAAUGUUUUGACUUGUCUGGGGAUUGAGUUAGUAAUUUGGUAUGCCGAUGUACAGCAUGAAGCCUCUUACUUUGAAUGGUAAGAUUACCAAAAUUAUUUUGAUCAUUCUGAAAGUCAAGAGCAUCAUACGUGUCUAAUUGCAGAUUGUUAAACACAAAAAUAUCGAUCCCAGCACCUCGGUCGCUCAAGAGCCCGAAUAUUUAAGAAAUGUUUUAACCGCCGGAUGCUUUGGAUUGAAUAACCCCACACCUAGCAACGCCUCCUGUGCAAACAAUCCAGCCCUUGCACACAGUUCAGCGCUCGUCAAUCCAGCACCAGUCUCCCCGGAUAAUCAAAGAGCGACGCAGCAGCGAAACCCCGCAGCACAAGUCGGUCAAAAGGGACAAAGAAACGGUGCAAAGCCUCCCAUGGCCAGUCAGGGCUCCAAAGUCCCUCAAAGUUCUAAGGCUCCUCAGAGUUCCAAAUCUCAUGAUCUCCAAUGUCCCCAGUCAGGUAUGCAAGAUCCUCGCUGCACUUCUGCCCGGCAAAACCCAAAAUCGCACCAGCUGGUAAACUCGAAAACUCCUUCAGCACAAAGUUCUAAGACGGCAGUUUCUAAGUCACAAACCCUGGGCUCUCAACAGGCCCACCUGCAAAGCCCGAUGCCUCGAAAGUGCGUCCAACAAACCGUCAUCCCUCAAAAUCCUUCUCAAAUCGGGCCUCCCGUAAAACAGGCUUACUCCGAAGUCGUAAAGCAACCUGCAACUCACGUUUCCAGCCGGCAAACUCCGAGCGCUAGCACAAACCAACCCGCAAACAGGCGAAAAGCACCGGGCCUUGCAAAGCCCGUGAAAUCGGCUGGUGUGACCCCACCUGGAAAUGGCGAAACAACGCGACAGGCUCCGGCAGGAUCCGGCAACGUGACGAAGAGGAGAGUUAUGUAUUCCAAGGACGGACAGAAGUUUAACAUCGAGUACAACAACAGACGCGAGAAUCUGGCGAUGACGGCGGUAAAAAAUUCACAAGGAAACAAAAAUGCGCCUAAGAUCAAACCUGAAUUACUUGCGAAACAAGAAAACCCUCAACGAGUCAAACCGGUUAUGAAAGACGCGUCGACGUCCACGUGUCCACAGAGCACCUUUGUAGACGCCGCUGUGCAAGUGCCUGACGUGGAGGGGAAUGCGGGCGACGAAAUUCAAAGUCUACUGGUGAAGAGGCCGUGGGACACGGAGCGGGUGAUGAAGAUGCAAGUUCUCCUUGACGAGAAACUCGUCGUGAUUGGUCGAAUGAGGGAAAUGUCACGUAAGCAGCGAGACGAGCUGAAAACAACGAGGAAACGUUGCAAGGAACUCGAGACGGUCAUCAAGGCAUCGAAUAUGCAAGGCAAACCACAGCUGAUUGCGCAGGUCAACGAACUGACCGAAAUCAAAAACGAAUUGGUCGACGAUGUCACGAAUCUGACCGUUGACCUCGAGAAAGAACGCACGAACGUAAAGAACUUGCGCACGGAACUGGUCGAGGUCAGGGCCCAGUUGACUGCUGCCAGGAGAAAAGGCGCGAAUGCAGCUAACCAAUAAGAGAGAGGAACGGUUAACCAAUCAUAUUUCAAUGUUGUAUAUCUUUAACGUAUUGCUUCAAGUCAUAUAUUGUUCAUAUUUUAGCAGCUGAAAAUGGACUUUAUUUAAAUAAAAGGCCAAAGCUGUCGGACACACGGAAAGGUGCAUAACAAUAUUGUUGUGUUCGGUAUAUAUUAUUUAUUUAUCUCAAGGUGUAAA